UUUGUCACCUCUCUCGCCCCCAGGCCAGCAUCCUGAGCAUGAUGGAAGACAAUAAGCAGCUCGCGCUCCGCAUCGAUGGGGCGGUCCAGUCGGCCAGCCAGGAGGUGACCAACCUGCGGGCCGAGCUCACGGCCACCAACCGGAGGCUGGCGGAGCUGAGCGGCGGCGGCGGCGGCCCGGGCCCGGGAGCGGCGGCGGCGGGCGCGGCGGCGGACAUGGAGAGCCAGCAGCUCGGCGCGCAAGGGCUCCUGCGGGAGGAAGUGUCCCGGCUCCAGGAGGAAGUCCACCUGCUGCGCCAGAUGAAGGAGAUGCUGACGAAGGACCUGGAGGAGACCCAGGGCGGCAAGUCCUCCGAGGUCCUCUCGGCCACCGAGCUCAGGGUCCAGCUGGCCCAGAAGGAGCAGGAACUAGCCAGAGCCAAAGAGGCCUUGCAGGCCAUGAAGGCCGACCGGAAGCGCCUGAAGGGCGAGAAGACGGACCUGGUGAGCCAGAUGCAGCAGCUGUACGCCACGCUGGAGAGCCGCGAGGAGCAGCUGCGCGACUUCAUCCGCAACUACGAGCAGCACCGCAAGGAGAGCGAGGAUGCCGUCAAAGCCCUGGCCAAGGAGAAGGACCUGCUGGAGCGUGAGAAGUGGGAGCUGCGGCGCCAAGCCAAGGAGGCCACGGACCACGCCACGGCGCUGCGCUCCCAGCUGGACCUCAAGGACAACCGGAUGAAGGAGCUGGAGGCUGAGCUGGCCAUGGCCAAGCAGUCCUUAGCUACGCUGACCAAGGACGUCCCCAAGCGGCAUUCUCUGGCCAUGCCGGGCGAGACGGUGCUGAACGGCAACCAGGAGUGGGUGGUGCAGGCGGACCUCCCCCUGACCGCGGCCAUCCGGCAGAGCCAGCAGACUCUCUACCACUCACACCCCCCCCACCCUGCGGACCGGCAAGCGGUCAGGGUGAGCCCCUGCCACUCCCGGCAGCCCUCCGUCAUCUCCGACGCAUCUGCCGCCGAAGGCGACCGGUCGUCCACGCCAAGCGACAUCAACUCCCCUCGGCACCGGACACACUCCCUCUGCAACGGCGACAGUCCCGGCCCAGUACAGAAGAACCUGCACAACCCCAUUGUACAGUCACUAGAGGAUCUUGAAGACCAAAAACGGAAAAAGAAGAAAGAGAAGAUGGGAUUCGGCUCCAUCUCGCGCGUCUUCGCCCGAGGGAAGCAGCGGAAGUCCCUCGACCCCGGCCUCUUUGAUGAUUCGGACAGCCAGUGCAGCCCCACGAGGCAGAGCCUCAGCCUGUCGGAGGGCGAGGAGCAGAUGGACCGGCUGCAGCAGGUGGAGCUGGUCAGGACCACCCCCAUGUCCCACUGGAAGGCCGGCACCGUCCAGGCCUGGCUGGAGGUGGUCAUGGCCAUGCCCAUGUACGUCAAGGCCUGUGCGGAGAACGUGAAGAGCGGGAAGGUGCUGCUGAGCCUGAGUGACGAGGACCUGGAGCUGGGUCUGGGCGUGUGCAGCUCCCUGCACCGGCGCAAGCUCCGGCUGGCCAUCGAGGACUACCGCGACGCCGAGGCGGGCAGGAGCCUGUCCAAAGCCGCUGACCUGGACCAUCACUGGGUGGCCAAGGCCUGGCUGAAUGACAUCGGCCUGUCCCAGUACUCUCAGGCCUUCCAAAACCACCUGGUCGACGGGCGAAUGCUGCAUUCCCUGAUGAAGCGGGACCUGGAGAAGCACCUGAAUGUGUCCAAGAAGUUCCACCAGGUCAGCAUCCUGCUGGGGAUCGAGCUGCUGUACCAAGUGAACUUCAGCAGGGAGGCCCUCCAGGAGCGCCGUGCCCGCUGCGAGACACAGAACAUAGACCCUGUGGUCUGGACCAACCAGCGGGUGCUCAAGUGGGUGCGGGACAUUGACUUGAAGGAGUACGCAGACAACCUGACCAACAGCGGCAUUCACGGUGCUGUGUUGGUGCUGGAGCCCACGUUCAACGCCGAGGCCAUGGCUACUGCCCUGGGCAUCCCCAGCGGGAAGCACAUCCUCCGGAGACACCUGGCAGAGGAGAUGAGCGCCAUCUUCCACCCGGCUAACUCCUCAGGCAUCCGGGAGGCUGAGCGUUUCGGAACACCCCCCGGGAGGGCUUCCAGCAUCACCCGGGCGGGCAAGGAGGAGAACAGCGGUGGCAUCAAGUACAAGGCCGGCCGGCUCCCCCUGGGGAAGAUAGGAAGGGGCUUCAGCACCAAAGACCCCGAUUUUCACGACGACUACGGCUCUCUUCAAAAUGAAGACUGUGGAGACGAUGACCCCCAGGGCAGGCCGGAGCAGUGCCGUCUGGAAGGCUACAAUGGCCUCGAGGUCACCAAUGUGUAAGGAAGGGACGCCGCGCCAGGCCCAGCGCCGACACGCCCGCCGAGGGAGAGUCGCCAGAGGCUGGCACCACUCUGUACAUAGGGACCGCGGCCGAGGAUGCUCCUCUGCUCCCGGACGGAACCCCAGCAGACUGGCGCAGCGUCACACGGGGGCUCCAGGGGGCGAGGAGGCACCUGCUUGUUCCCGCUGGGUGGAAGGACCCGUCAGCCCAGCCUCUCGGCAGCCCAGGCCCCCCCGCAGAGGGACUGUCAGCCGUUGAGCAGUCCACGCGGUCCCCGUGGCCUCAAGCUGAGCUGCCAAGGUGGAAGGAGGCCGGGGGGUCCCCAAAACACCCUCCCGGAAGGAGCGGGUGGAACUCCAGCCGGACACACAGAGCCCAGCGCCAGGACGGGGCGAGGCGCCAGCCAAGCCUGAGGCUGACCCUGGGCACCUGGAGCCCUCCGGCCGGCCUGGUGAGCCCUUGGCUUCGGCUCCGUUCCUCCCAUGACUGGGGAACUCGGGUUCUGACUUGGGUCCCUGAAUCUCCGCUGGGAUUGGGAGGAUGCACAGUGAGACGGUCAUUCCCUCCCAACCCCUAAAAGUUGUGUGUCACGCGGGGGGUGGACUGUAGAAAAGCUAUUUGCCUUCUCUUCCCGCGAGUGGAGGCAGGUGGAUGAUCCUUGCACGGGUGGGGCUUAGCAGCGACAUUUCCAGGAAAUGCAGACUUCCUGUCGUCAGGAUGAAGGAUGUUCUGAGGACAGGAGCCAGCACGGGUGAUCGACUCAGUGGCAACCACGUGCAACAGUGGGUUUGGGAUUAGGAGCAGGGAAGUGCUUGUCAUUGUUUACCCAACAAGCCUCUGUGGUGAUGGCUCAGGCACCUGAAACAGGUGUGCUCGCCAGUGCCCUCGCUGAGACGAACCUUGCAGGGCAAAGUCACGAAGGCGGCGGUGCAGAGAACCCCAGCCCCUUCCCGGCCCCGCCACCGUUCUGCUCCGUGGCUCCUUCCCAGGGGCCUCACCUCUCUGUGCCUGAAUGUCUUCAUCUACGACCCUUCCGGUCCCCUCCCAGGGACACUGUGAGCAUUAACACUUGCUAAUGUCUGUAACACGCUUUGUAACCUCUCCGGGGACAGGUGGGAAGGUACGGGGACAGAAGGAUGUGUCCGGUUUCCCGUGUGGGACACAGAAUUGACCUUGAACCGGUUUCCCCGCAACUGGUUGGGCCAAAAGGAGGACAAGGACUGCUUCACGUUCGGACUCUCCAGAGCCCCCAGUAGGGCCCUGACCAAAGAGAGAGAUAGAAAGGUUCACGUGGACGACCGUGGAAAAAUCCAUCUGAGCCACGUGUUCAGGCUCGAGUCCAUUGACGUCCGCGCCGAGCGAUGAUUCGGGGGCACAAACGCAUUGGGGUUCUCCUGACGCCUCGGUUGUCAGGGCGCAUCAUUUGUCGGGACCACAGCGUUGAAGCCUUUCGCACAAGAGCCGAGGGCAGGACUGAAUUUCCAAGACUUGAACAGGUGUCAGCCUCCGAGACCCACCAAAGCGCGGGUUCUUCCACCCAAGGAACAGUUUCCUCUCAGGAAGAGCCUAAACCGAGGCCUGAUGAACCUGAGAACGAUUCCUCCCCAGCGCCCGAGACCAUGGUUUUCCCUCUGACGCUAAGAUAAGCGCAGCUUUUCUUGCCACUGGAAGCCGAGCGCCCAGCAGGCGGCAGGUGGACGGCCCCUCUCUUGUCUGAAUGUGUAGCCUCCCAGGGUCGCAUCUCUGAUUCCAGGGCCUCAGGGGUGAAGCUCUGGCGUCUAACUUGGCUUUGCUGGGGUUCCAAACCCCGGGAUGUUAAUGCCAUUCGGCCACACAGGCUGCAGAGCCUGCAGCCUGGCAGGGGGAGUAAACCCCCUCCCCCAUAGCCUGAUGCCGCACACAGGUCACUCCCAAGCCAGCGUCCAGGCUCGGUGACCUGGGACCCCCGGAUCUGCCUCUUGGGAAGCAGCAAACCAGACGGGAAAUGAUUCCCACGGGGUGAGCAAGGCUGGCACACGGGUGCCUGCGUGCAGCUCUGAUUGCUUGAAGCCAGCGUUGACCUGAGUUGUCGGAAAUGAAGCUUGCAUCCCCUCCCCCCUUCAAUCCCAUGGGGCAUGAGAUGGGCAAGUGGACAACAAAAUUUGCAGCAUUCGGCCAACAGGCCCGGGGCAACGUGGACAUCAAAAGUACCUUUCAGUCCAAAUGCUACCCCGAUGGCACCUUCUCGCCGGCCCACCGCUGCUAUCCUUGGCGGCCAGCUGAGCGCGUGGAGCUGGCUCUGCAACACGAGGACAGCUUGGUUGAUGAGUGAACAACCUCCACAGAGGAUCAGAUCCCGGGAGCUUCGUCUGCUGAAAAAAAAAAAAUCCUAAACGUCAACUCUGCUCUGAGGGUGGGCAAGGAGAGCACGGGGUGCAGACAGACUUGGUGGAGAGAUUCGGGUGGCUAAUUGACCAAGGCUGGAGGGUGACCACCUGCAGAGCAGCGACCUGCCAUGUUCAGCCCAAAGGGGCCUCAAGGGGUGACAGGGCUUCUUGGAAAAUGUGAAUAUGCUUCUUUGGGAGGUGGCACCUGCGCCCAUGGGUGCUAGCCCCUUAAAAAGAGGCAGUUGGUGCCAGAGGUUGGGGUGACCCAGAAGGGGGUGGAAGCACCCCACAUCUCUCCGAGAAGCUGGGGGCCAGAGCCGUCAGAAGGCACCUGCGCGGCAGACUCAGCUCUCUGCCCCAGACACUUCUGAGAGGCCCCCUGUUCCUUAGCCCCACAGAACCACCUUUCUCCCAGAAAUCUGCGUGUCCGUCCUCAGGGCUCAGGCUGUAGGAGGCGGGAGGAGCCACACGAGCAUCCGGAGCAGAUGCAGGAGAAGGGAAAGGGGCAUCUGCAGAGCACGGCCAGCACGGAGGGGCGGGCAGGACAGUGGCCCCCAAUCCUGAGGCCCCUCAAUAGGGCCACAUGUGGCAGGACGUGACUUGCGGGGGGCCCCCGGGGCCCCCCACCGCUCCCACCUGGCCCACCCCCGUCCCGUCCAAAGCCGCACCUUGUGGCACCAUCUUUUCCACGCUGCUCUUCGAGGCUCCCACGGGCUCCUGGCGGUUGUGUGGCGAGGAAAGAAGAGCCCGGGACACAGCGGCUUCUGAGGCCGGCGUUGCCAGCAACGGCUGGCUGGCGGGGGAGAGGAACCGCCCCCCGCAGACGGAGUCUGUGGUUGCGAAGGGAAUCCAUGAUCCAUGAGCGGAGAUGACGGUCUGGGUUCUCUCAUCGGGGCCACGGCCCCCGCGUCUUCCCAGGAGUGAAUUUUAACACUGUAACA